UUAGUCGCUUUCAAUGCUCCGCGUUGUACUGUUCAUAGUAUAGUGUCCGAUACAUUUUGUGUGCGUUUUGUAGACAUUCGAAAUAAUAUAACGCGCAGAAAAAAUUGUUUUUGCAUUAAAUUUAUUAAAUCAUUUGUGAUAUCUUAAAUGUUCCAUUUGCUUCUUAAAAGUUUUAAAUUGUUUAUGAGUUAAAGCGCAUGUGCAUUGCUCAAGCGCAGAGGCUUCGAAAUUUUUGAUUGGAUUUAUCACAUCGCUUUGCGAUAUUGGAUUAUAAACUUUAAAGAUUUCUAUCGCUUCUAUUCAUAUUUUAAAAACAAGUAUUAAAUGGUGUAAAAAUAUUAAUAAAAAUCGGUUGUUUUUGUGUACAAUAGUCAACAGUGUGUGCAUCAUCUAUAGUAUGAAUACGGAUUUAAUGUCAGAUGUGAAUUUUAACUAUGCAAUUCUAAGGAAUGGUCUAUUGGGAAGGGAGAUGCAAAUGUCGCGAUGAAUAUGAGCCGGUGCUACACAGAUUCGCCCGUGCUCAUUGAUACUUAUGCAUUUCAUCGAAAUGGACAAACACUCAGAGAAUCUAAAAAAAGUGUUCUUUUCUACACAACAGACUGCGGUAACGAAAAAGAAGAUCUAGGAUUGCAAGCUCAACAGCGAAGUACAUCGUUGACUGCUCUACACAUAGGAUCUGGACUACAACAACAGCAGCCAAUCUUAGAGCCGAGAAUGUCUCAGUUGGAAACAUUGGAAGCAAAAAUGGCAAGCAUUGAGGUGUCUCUGUCAACGACCCCAAGGCGGAAGAAGGGAAGUAGUAUUUCCGGUGGUAUGACCUCACCUGCAAGUCAUCGCAAUCGGGAUCACUAUAAAGAACUUGAUUCCCUUCGCAUUGCAUUACGAGAUAAAGAAAAUAUUAUACAAACACUGAAGGGGCAACUGUGCAAUACUUUGAGUAACCGUUUGGCUUUGCGCAAUGGAGCGCCUCCCUUAAAAGAUACCGAUAAAAAAACAACCGAGGAACGUCUUCAAAGAUUGCGUCGAGAUGCCGACAAUAAAAAGCUUGCAAUAAAAAAUCUAAAGCUAGCCCUUGAACGCUUAGAUAUUACCGACAAUAUCGAUGUACGAAUUCAACAAGCAGAAUUAGAGUACAGGCUAGGGCGAGAAGAGUUGGAGCUCUUGACUUUCCGAGAAGAAAGCAGAGCACUUCAAGCAGCGCUCGAAUUAGCAGAAACCCAAGAGAAGCAAAAGAGUGACACAAUUUUCAGUUGCGUGUCAGGAGCUAUUCAGGUAACAAUUCACGCACUAGAAGUGAGUGCCGAUCCAAAGAGUCCACGAUUUGGAGCUGGACCAAGAGAGGAGGCACCUGGACUUUAUGUCGAUUGGGCAGUUGAGGAUUCCGGACUCUGUAAAGGAGAUAGGAUCUUGGAAGUGAAUGGAAAGCUUGUUGUGGGAGCUGGAAGAAACGACCUGGCUAGACUUCUGGCCGUUGCCCCCGACUCGGCGCAAAUCGUGGUCCUACGCAAAGGCGAAUCCUUGACAGCUUUGCGUACCCUGCGAUCCGAUAAUCUCAGACUCACCCACAGGAUUGGCUAUCUAGAAGAACAGGUUAGAGACCUUCUUACACCAACAAGGACCGAAGUAUCAGUAGAGUCCCCAACAUCUCAACAGAAGAAUGUACAGGUAUUUCAAAAAGGUCCUCAAGUCACUGCUUUAGUUGCAAAUCUUCCCGGUUUAAAUAUGCGAAGUCCUACAGAAAGUCGUCAAAGUCUUCCUACAGUAAAAAGCAGACAAAGUGAGAAUUUUAAACGCCUAACGGAAUCACGAAAUUCAAAAGAAUUAGAUUUUUCCUCAGACGGAGCGACGAAUGGUGGCCAUCAAAAAUCAAGAAAUAAACAAAAAUCACCAGCAACACAACUGACUAGAUCAACAGCAAGUUUAGUUUUUAAACAAUCUCAACUGCGACGUCAUUCGCCACGUAGAAGAACACGAAUUGAUUCUGCAAUGGAGCAUCUGCAAAAAACUCGUAAAACUAGCCAUCAGAUGCAAUCUCUUGAUUUCGACUCGGAACCAACAUAUUAUCGUUUACAGGAUUCUCAAUUGCGUACUUUAGACAAUUUUGAAGUGCCUAAUGUCUUUCCUCGUGAAUCAACUAAAACACGGCCAGCUCCACCAAAGAAACCUUUAAGAUUGUCAUUGCACAGAGCAGCGAGUCUUCAGUCAGUUGAAAGUGCACCACCAUCAUCGGGUGGUGGUGUUCAAGAAAUUCUUAGAAAGCCGACGAAAAGAAAUUAUCGUGGUGAUCCACCAACGAUUGAUAGAGGAUCACGAUCUGACAUUAAUGGAGAACUAAUUCAAGCGGAAUGUAAUUUGAAUUUAAGUGCGCCGCCUCAACCACCUCCAAGAACACCAUCUAGAGCAGAAUCUUGUCAAAGCGCUUUGAGAUGGCCGUCACCUAAACCUAGAGCUCAACUUUCUUCCAUGACAGUAGAAAAAUGGUGCUGACGAAUGUUAAAAAAUUUUAUUGAUAAUACUCAAGAUAAAACAACUUGUUAAUGACAAGUUAACUUUAUAUCAUUUACUUACACUAGUUAUUUGUGUGUCAGUUCAUUAUAUUUCACACAAAAGUCGUUGCAGUCUACUUUUAGAUAAAUCUGAUAAUUUCUAAUAAUGAUUUUUUGAGACGCAUGAAUAAGCUCUAAAAUUAAUUUGUUAAAAUUUUCAAUUGACAGAAUUUCAUUAUCUCGCAUUUACUAUUAUCCAAAUUUUCAUUUCUCCGAAGUAGUAUUUAAUAGAAAUUACAUUUAAUCGAAUACUAAUUUAAAAGAAUUACUAUUUUAAAUUAC